AUGGGCGAUGUUCUCUAUUCACUUGUGGAUGUUACUCAACGUUUUGAUCAAUUAAUACUUGAUCCAUUUUAUAUUCAUAAUCUUGAUAUGACCUCUAUGAUGAUGAAAUCAUAUUAUGAUCGUAUCUAUUCAAUAGAAAAUAAAGUUCUUGAUAGAAUAUGUAAAAAUAUCUUACAUCGAAUUCAUCAUCAAGUAAAUGAACUUAUUGUUGAACAAAAUUCAAUCGAAUGUGUUCUUCAUACUAUCAAUUAUCCUCAACUUUACUCUUUAUCACUUAUAGAUUUUACAGAAGAAGUACUUCUCAAAUACUUAACAGAUAAUACAACUCUUCGAAGACUUCUUAGUGAACAAGUUACAUGUCUUAAACUUGAUUUUAAAUAUGACACAACACUAUCAAUUUCUGAAACUUCUUCGAUUAUAUUUGCUUUGAUUUUAUCUUUAUGUAAACGGCUAAUCAAGUCGUAUCAACGUAUAGUUUGUUAUGAUAAUCUAAUUAUUCCGUUACUUCAACGAAUGAUAAAUCUUGAAGAAUUGAUAUUAUUUCUAUCAAUAAUAAGAACUGGAAAAAAUUAUAUUGAUGGUAUUCAAUUAUAUGAUGAUAUUCUUAUUUAUAUGCCACGAUUAAACAAAUUUAUUUUCAAUAUAGAAACAAAUAUAGUCGAAAACAAUAUUGAAUUUGCUCUUUCAUCGAAUGAAGAUAUUCAACGUAGUUUCAUUAGAAAAGAAUAUGGACCAAUUUAUUCACAAGUUGAAAUAUUUUCAAGAAAAAAUAAAAGCAGAUGUCACAAUGUUAGUGAUGAAUAUGACGAACAUGAUGAUGAUUUAGAUUCCACAAUGCCACCAGGAAUUGAUGAAUUACAACGAUAUUUAGCUCUACAAAUUGACAAAACAAGUUUGCGUCAAAAUCCAUUAGACUUUUGGCGAGAAAAUCAGUUAUCAUUUCCUCGUUUGUCGAAAUUAGCCAGACGUAUUCAUUCCAUUCCAGCUACUAUUGCAACCGUAGAACGACAAUUUAGUGGCGCCGGAGUUGUCAUCAAUGAAAGAAGAACCAAUCUCAAACCAAGCCAAGUAGACAACAUUCUUUUUAUUCUUUUAACCGAUACGGCGGCAGUGUCUCAUGCUACGACUGUCGAUGACAGGGAUGAUGAGCGAAGAGAAGGAAGUCCUGAAGGUGGCGCACGAUUAACGGUCUACGGAUCCGGUUUUUCUGAAAAUCAUUUCAGUUUAGUACCAUCAACAGAAUCACCGAAUACAAUAGAAUUAGUUCGAGGGAAUGAUGUUUAUGAUUGUCCGAUGCAGAAUGAAAAAGCCACUGAUAUUCAAUUGACAUGCUAUACGCCUCGAUUACCUGAAGGAGAUUAUCAAGUUCGAGUCUCUGUCGAAGGUAAUCCGGUUCCCAUAAGUCAAUACAGUUCUCCGUCAUCGGCAACAUUCACGGCGCAUCGGAAUUAUACACCUCAAAUUACUAAUAUAUCGCCAGCAUCAGGCUUGCCACAGAGAUUGGUUACAUUAACUGGUGACUUUAAAACCGAAUGUUACUUACGUGAUAGUCGUGAAUGUUCACCGAAAAAUGUGUCCGUUAUUUCUCGUAAAAGUAGUAAUUAUCCUCUGAUCGUUAAUGUUGGUGAUGAUCCAUGCACCAUUCGUAAUGUGAAUCUGACUACAAUUCAAUGUCAAACAUCAAUAAGACCAGCUAGCAAUCGAAAUCAUUAUCGUGGUGGUCGUGGACUUCAUGUCUAUUAUCAACCUGGCUACAUUAAUCUUAAUGCUUUGGGCAGUGCUAGUCUUCCAAUACCAAAUGCCAACACCAGUCGCUCAUGGACUGGAGAAGCCUCAUUUUCCUCGGUAUUUUCAUCUGCUACUACCGUUUGGCUUAUAGGAUUUAUACGUGCACCCAUGACGGCUGCAUUCAAUUUUCGAUUGGAAAGCAAUUCUCAAGCUGCUCUUUAUCUGAGUAUUGAUGAAGAUCCUGCGAAUGCAGUACGAAUUGCUAGCAAUACAGUCACCGAUUCACAAAGAAUUGUACUCCAAAAUAAUACUGACUAUUACAUGCUUUGUGUUGGAUCCACUGGCGGUGGUAGUUUUCGUUUAGCAGUAAAAUCAGCCAUGCAACCAUUGAAUUCAAGAACAGAAACUAAUCGUCCGGGUACGAGCGAAAUUCAACAAGUUAACAUCGGUGGCGCCGUUACCACUGAAUAUCAACGUAUUGUCUAUAUGACUAAUUCGUCUAUUCCUGGGGUGGCUGAAGUUCAAGAUGUAGAGGCUUAUUUCAACAUAUUUCAAAUAGGAUUCAGAGGAGUCUAUACAGUACUACUCGAUGGACCACCAUUUACGCAAUUUGUUCAGGAUGCUCUCAAUGAUUUGCCAACAAUCUAUCCUUUAACUGUUAGUGUGGCACUUGUCGGCACCGCUUACCGAGUGACGUUUCCAGUCGAAAUGGGUGAUGUUCCACCACUUACUGUGAUAUCAACAGGAUUUAGUGGUAUUGUAAAUGCAACAGAAAUCACACGAGGUGUUUCAUCGGCUUCAAAGAUAGCCUUUCAACUCGAUGGAGCAAUAACAAACUAUCUAAACUUUCGAGACGAUGAUAUUACAUCAGCUAUUCUAACAAAUGAAUUCAAAAAUUUGUUCAACAUUCGAUGUCCACCAUCACUGUAUGAUCCACAAGUAGCACCAACUAUUGUAUAUUCGGAUGAAUUUGAAGAGCCGAGUCCAUAUGAUGACACAUUCACGAUUGAAGAUAUGGCCUUCUGUGGUCGUGGAGCAGUCAGAAACUCAACUGUACAUAUCGUUUAUGGUAACACGCAAGCUGCUGAUUACAUGUGCUUUGCCUAUAAGAUUAAUACGGGAAGCUCGAUGACAAUGAUUUUUCAAGCUCAAGGCGAUUAUAAUUCUCCAACUAUCGAAAGUAGACUGAUGAAUUUAAUAGCAGAUUCGCGCUGGCAUUAUACAUGUAUCAAUGUAUUAGACGAACUCCAGCAGAGUAAUCCUUCAUAUCUGGCUGUUACUACUGUAGUACUCAUGCAAGUUGAUCUCAAUUACUUUGUUCCAUCAAGUAUCAUGAUUGAUACAGUCACAUUACGUAACGAUUUACCUAUAGGCUAUGAGGAUGUUGGUACAGUAAUUUCAAUUUCUAAUGCUUCUAAAGCACUUAGUGGGUACUAUUCUAUCAUGUUUGAUGGACAAGUAUAUUCUCCGAUUCCAGCUGCAAUAGCUCCGUCAAAUUUGGCCGAUUUACUUCAAUCAUUUCCAAAUUUUGGCUAUGUUUCCGUCAGUCGAACUGGACAAUGUCAUCAAUAUUCUUACACGAUUCAAUGGUUAGUUAAUGGUGAGCAACCGCUUAUUUCCAUCGUGAAUUCAUCUCAGCUAAGACCGGUCAAUGCACCUAUCAGUGUUUCAUCAAUACAACGUGGUAGCUCUUCAAAUGUAUUCUAUGAUCUUCCCACGGAUGUAGUGAGAACUUACCAUACGGCACCUCAAGUGGAAGUAGUUGUAGGCGGUUAUCCAUCUUAUUGUUCCAACCCCGAUAAUAACUGCGAAUUUCAAUGGUCAAUCAAUCAUACGCCUCAAAUAACAUCUGUCAUUCAAAGUGGAACAGCGGUGACUAUUAGCGGCACUGGAUUUAGUACUCGCCCGGAAUCUAACAUGAUAUCAAUUGGUGAGAAUGGUCAAUGUGAUGUUCAAACAGCGAGUGUAACAUCAAUUCUUUGUAACAUUAUCAAUGCACCAUCAGGUCAACAUGUUCUACGAUUGAACGUUGCUGACAAAGGCCUAGCUUCGAGUAAUACAACUUUCAUGGUACAAGUGCCGUUAUUUAUCACUUCAUUUGUUCCAAAUGGAGGCGAUUCUGGCGGAGGUUAUCAGUUAACAGUGUUCGGAGGUGGCUUUUCGCCGAGUGCAGUUAUCUUUCUUGGCGAAAAUUUCUGUAUCAAUCGAACUGUAGUCAAUUUUACUACAAUCAAAUGUGUUGUACCUCCAAGUGGUAGUGGAAGUUUGAUUCAAGUGGUAGUUGCUGUAUCUGAUGGCUUGAAUUCGGUUACUGCAUCGACACAAUUCACAUACAAUGUGACGGUUGCACCAACUAUCUAUUCAAUUAAUCCAACUUUUGUAACGAUGCGUGGUGGACUAUUGAACAUCAAUGGUACUGGAUUUGGCAACCAAGAUGUUUCUGUUUUCAUUGGUACCGCAAAUGCUCGUGUUAUAUCUUCUUCAAACAAUUACAUUGUAGUAAAUUUGAAUACCUUACCACCUGGACUCUAUCCAGUCACGGUUCGUACUGCAGCAGGUUAUGCACGACCGCUCUUUCAAGUCGAGUAUCGAUUCUAUAUACAAGAAGUAUUACCACAAGUUGGCUCUGCAUAUGGCGGCUCUGAUGUCUAUGUUAAUGGAGCAGGCUUCGAAGAUGGGACAAUUGUUCAAUUACGUGAUCAACAGAACAAUGUCUCCCCAUGUGAUAUUGUUUCAAUUCAAUCGGAUCAGAUUCAUUGUGUACCCACAGUUCCUACUAGUCAAGUAACCAUCACAUCUUAUGGUACCCAUCCAGUAUAUGGCUUUGGUUAUGCAUGGUAUCCUACUCGUGAGACAGUACAACAAGGAACAACUGUUACAUGGUCAUGGGAUUCUUCGCAACUUAGUUCACCAGUUUCUUACAAGAUACAACAGGUAGACAGCCCGUACAGUACUAGACCAGUACAAAAUGGAUUCGAUUCUGGCCCACCCACAUCUUCAGGUUCGUUUUCCUAUCAAUUCGAUACUAUGGGUACAUUCUACUAUUGGGCACCGAAUAUCACUCAAUCGACCGAAUACGCAAUGCGAGGUGUCAUCGAUGUUGUAGCUUUAAUGCCGAAGACAAUGACUGUAGAAGCCAUCUGGAAUAAGUUGACUGCUCAAAGAUGUGCAUUUCCGUUCAUUUUCAAUUCGGUCAAUUACACUGCAUGCACUUCAGCGAAUGAUACACGAUUGUGGUGUUCACCAACAUCAGUCUAUACAGGUCAAAGACUUUAUUGUACUCCAACAACUUCGGUACCUACUUCAUCGUGUCCUUGGAGAACACUUAAUGCGAGUUCGUGUGGUGAAUCUGUACCAACAUCAUCUAAUCCAACGCAGUUUCUUUCAACAAUAUGUACAGUUGAAUCGGUUACAGAUAUGUCACCUUUGGAGGGUGCCGCUGGAACUCAAUUAACAAUUACAGGCACAAAUUUUGAUGGCAAUAUGUGUGAUUAUGAUAUUCAAAUAGGAUCAUCAUAUCAUUGUCCCAUAAUAAAUAUGUCAUCGAAUACUCUUACAUGUCAGAUCACGGCAAAUUCUACGCUUGAUGCUAGAACGAAUCAAACUGUUCGUGUAGCUCGGCAUCGUCAAGGUUAUCUCUCCAGUCGAAUUCCAUUGAAAUUUAGAUUUCUCCCAUCAAUCUCAAGCAUUUCUCCAACGAUUGGUUCGAUUUAUGGUGGUACUCGUGUAACGAUUGAUGGAGACGGUUUUGUGGGAGACGACACACUGGUGUACAUUGCGGGCGCAAAUUACGCAUAUCGAGGAUCAGAAUCCUAUUCACGAAUUACUUUCACUACUCCAUCCGAGUUAACUUACAUAGAUACGGAUUUAAGCUUAGCAGUUUUUGUUCGUACAAGUCAGUCGACUUGUUUUACGCCUUCAUGCCAUUUCUCUUGGGCAACAAGUGUAACACCGUAUUUUGACUCAGUGAGCCCAUCAGUUAUUCGUGGUAGUACAAACUUAACAAUCACCGGUCAAAAUUUGCUCAGUGGUGGAAGAACAGCUGCUGAUGUUCAUGUGACCAUCAACGACCACAUUUGCAAUAUUACACAAAUGAGGAAUGACUCAAUCGUGUGCGCAGUGAAAGGCGUCGAAGCUGGUCAACAUCGCAUUGUUGGAUCAAUUGAUGGUGUUGGUAAUGCUUAUUCAUCAUUGAAUACCACAUCGGAAGCCAUUGUAGCGACGGUAACACCUCUGACCAGUAGUGUCUAUGGUGGUGCAACUCUAGCAAUUGUUGGUCACGGCUUUUCUAGCAAUAUUAGUGAAAUUGAAGUCAACGUUGGGACAGAUUCCUGUCCUAUAACUUCAACGACAAGUGAUAAAGUCGAAUGUACCAUCCCUCCUCAACGUAACAACUCGAAUACAGCAAAUAUUAGCAUUACGUCACAUCGUAUUUCAUUUCCGUCGUCAUCUGUAUUGACUUACGACAGGACGAUCACACCAAACAUCAGUUCUGUUAGUCCAACGUUUGGUAGUAACUCACAAAAUUUAGUAAUUAGUGGAAAUAACUUUGCUGGCUCGGCUCAAACAAAUGUUACAGUUGGAAAAACUGAGUGUACCAUUAGUAGUCAUUCGAUGGGAUCAGUUGCAUGUACGGUUGGUUCAAAUUUGCCCGCCGGCACUCAUGAGGUCACUGUCCAUGUAGACGGAGUUGGAGAUUCGAAUUCAGACAUCUCUUACACACAAGAUCUCUCAAUUACAAGUGUUGCACCAUCGCAAGGAGGCUAUGGUGGCGGUCUGCCAAGCACGAUUCUUGGUAAUGGAUUUAAUGGAACCAAUAUCACUGUGAGCGUAUGUAAUAGGGCUUGUUUAUCGAAGGAAAUUGUUUCUAAUGGUCAACUCAUUUGUGUCACGCCUGAGCUAUCUUCGACGGCUGCCAGUACUGCGUGCAAUUUAACAGUGUCCGUUGACGGUAUCAGUAAAAAUACAUUGUUCACUUACAGAGCUAAUUUGACUGCAACGGUAACAUCGGUAAGUCCAGCUCGAGGUGGAACAGGUGGUGGAACAACUAUUACUAUUAAUGGAACUAAUUUUCCUACUUCUAUCAAUUCCGUAGUAGUGACUAUUGCUGGUACACCAUGCUCUGUACGAACGAUCUCAACAACAAGUAUUACGUGUGAGACUGGAAGUCAUCCAUACUCGAGUGUACGAGCUCCGGUCAUGGUAUACAUUAACGGAAGUGGCUAUGCAAAUACUUCAGCUCAGUUCCAAUAUAUUGAUCUUUGGUCAAGUCCAUGGACAUGGGGUGGUAGUGAUCCACCAGAAGAGGGUACUCUUGUGGUGAUUGAAAACCACGUGACUAUCUUUUUGGAUAUUGAAACACCUACUCUUAAAGUACUCGUCAUUGACAACUCCACUCUAAUCUUCGAUGACUCACAAGAUGUUGCUUUGAAUGUCGAAUAUAUUAUUAUUGUUAAUGGAGGCCAUCUUCAAGUAGGAACAAAUACCGAACCAUUUCAACAUCGUGCCGUUAUCACCAUGUACGGGCAUUUACGAUCGAUUGAAUUACCUAUUUUUGGUGCUAAGGUAUUAGCUUUGCGCGAGGGUACAUUGGAUAUGCACGGAAUUCCUACUGUUCAAACUUGGGCACAAUUGGGAGCAACAGCUAUGAAUGGUUCAACAACACUCACUCUUCUACAGCCUGUUAAUUGGACCAUCAAUAGUCAAAUAGUUAUUGCAACUACGAGUGAUCGUUUCAGUCAGAAAGAGAGUGAAAUUCGUCGAAUUACGAAUAUAUCCUCAAAUGGACUUACAUUAACAUUGGAUCAACCAUUAACAUAUACUCAUUUGGGUACCUCACAAACAUUGAAUUCAACAACUAUUGAAAUCCGGGCCGAAGUUGGUCUUCUUUCACAUAAUGUUGUCUUUCAAGGUUCAAUCACUGAAACAUGGAAUGACACCAUCGAAGCAUGUCCAGCUGGUUUCAAUCCAGGUAUGAUAAAUUAG